CUCCGCCCUCAGCCAAUAAAAUGCACCCAGCAACGCGCUGCCCCCAGAGCGCACUGUGCGCUGUGCUCCCGGCCAGAGGCUGAGCCAGUGACCAAGCCGCCAAUGCCCAAGCCGAGCGGGUAGGGGAUGGAGCCCACGCAGCGGCGGCGGUGGCGGCGCAGUUGCCGCCCGCUGGUCUCCGCCUUUCUGCGCGACCCGGGUUCAGGGCGCGUAUACAAGCGCGGGAAGCUGAUCGGCAAGGGCGCCUUCAGCCGCUGCUACAAGCUGACGGACAUGUCCACCAGCGCUGUGUUUGCGCUCAAAGUGGUGCCUCGUGGUGGGGGCGGGGCUGGGCAACUGCACCCCCGCGGCAAGGUGGAGCGCGAGAUUGCCCUGCAUAGCCGCCUGCGACAUCGCAACAUUGUGGCUUUCCACGGACACUUUGCUGACCAUGACCACGUAUACAUGGUGUUGGAGUACUGCAGCCGCCAGUCGCUGGCCCACGUGCUGGAGGCGCGGCGGACGCUGACGGAGCCGGAGGUGCGCUACUACCUGCGGGGCCUGGUGAGCGGCCUGCGUUACCUGCACCAGCAGCGCAUCGUGCACCGGGACCUGAAGCUCAGUAACUUCUUCCUGAACAAGAACAUGGAGGUGAAGAUUGGAGACCUGGGGCUGGCCACCAGGGUGGGGCCAGGGGGCCGCUGCCACAGAGUGCUCUGCGGGACGCCAAACUUCCUGGCCCCCGAGGUCGUGUCCAGGAAUGGGCAUUCUUGUCAGUCUGACAUCUGGGCUCUGGGCUGCAUCAUGUACAGAGUGCUGACUGGCGUCCCUCCCUUCGUGGCGGCACCCCUGUCAGAGAUGUACCAAAACAUCAGAGCUGGCCGCUACCCAGAGCCUGCACACCUGUCACCCAAUGCACGCCGCCUCAUUGCCCGCCUGCUGGCACCCGACCCGGCUGAGCGGCCCAGCCUGGACCACCUGCUGCAGGAUGACUUCUUCACGCAGGGCUUCACCCCAGACCGGCUGCCUCCCCACUCCUGCCACAGCCUGCCCAUCUUCGCCAUCCCCCAGCCUCUGGGCAGGCUUUUCCGGAAGGUGGGCCGCCUGCUGCUGACCAAGUGGCGGCCACCCUGCCCCUUCACUCCUAGGGAGGCCUCAGAUCCAGGAGAAGGAGGUCUCGACCCUGACUCCAUGGAGGCAGGCAGCGAGGCCUCCUUGUCAGUGAGAGGAGUUCUGAGCCCCGAGGAUCCCAUCCACCUGCUCACACAGGGGACCCUCCGGAGUGGCCCAGCGGGGCCCGACAGGAGCCCAAGGCAGGAGGUAGAGGCGGCCAUCAGAAACCUGCGGCUCUGCUUGGACUCUGGCCCCCUAGCCAUGCAGGAACCCCCAGGAGAGCAGUGGCCAGUCCUCUGGGCCCCCAAGUGGGUGGAUUAUUCCAGCAAGUAUGGGUUUGGCUACCAACUGUCAGAUGGGAGCAGCGGUGUCCUGCUUCGGGAUGGCACCCACCUGGCCCUGUGCCCCACAGGGGGCCAAGUCUACUAUGCACCUGACCGGGGAAAGCUGGAGACGUUCGCCCUGAGGGAUGUGCCCAGCCUGCUGGGUGCCAAGCUGGCCGUCCUGCAGCUCUUUGCCAGCUACAUGCAGCAGCGUCUGCGAGAGGAGAGGGGCCUGCUCACACCUACCCAGCCUGCUGGCCCAGGCCUCUGCCUUCUGCGCUUCCUGGUGUCUGAGCAGGCCUCACUGCUACUCUUCAGUGAUGGGACGGUACAGGUCAGCUGUAGCCAAGACCAGCCUCAGUUCGUACUGAGUGAUGGGGGCAAGGAGUUGGUUCUCACCAUCUGGAAGCAGGGCCAGCCCGGCACCUCCUACCCGCUGGGCGUCCUGCAGAGCCACGGCUGUAUCCCAGCCACCCGCCAGCACCUUCGGCAUGCCAUCCGCAUGCUGCAGAGCAUCUAGCGUCCCCGAGGGUCAGAGUGGACCUCUGCAUGUUGAUGCCCAGGACCCAGGCUCCAUUUCUGCCUCCUCUCAUCCCCAGAGGAGAUGUCCUUGGGGAGAGCUGGGGGAGCCCACGCGGGGUAUGGGGGGUGGGGCUGGGGUCCUUGCUUCCUGGCCUGACUGUUCAACCCAGACUUUUGUUUGGAUUUGUUCUUUUUUUAUUAAAGGAAUCUUGACUCUGCA